AUGGAUCAGAUACACAAGCUCAAUGUCGUUCAUCGACUUGAGAAGCGCAGCUUGCUCAUUGCAAUCAACUGCAUCGCCGGUCUAUCGAUCCUAUUCUUCGGUUACGACCAGGGUAUGAUGGGUGGUGUCAACACGGCAUAUGACUACUACACCCUCAUGGGCUUCGGCCACAGAGGUCCUGAUGGCGGCCCCGUGGUUGACGAUACUUUACUGCAGGGAGGCAUCGUGUCCGUCUACUACCUUGGAACACUCGUAGGGUGUCUGGUGGGUGGCUCGGUUGGUGACCGCUUUGGACGCAUCAAGACUAUUUUCCUCGGAGCAGCUGUCGCGACGGUCGGUGCAGCCCUACAGUGCUCAGCGAUGAACCACGAAUGGAUGAUUUGCGCACGUCUGGUCAAUGGUUGGGGUACUGGUAUCCUGAACUCCAUUAUUCCCGUUUGGGCGACGGAGACUGCGGAGCAUACCUCGCGAGGUCAAUUCAUCGCAAUCGAGUUUACCCUCAACAUCUUUGGUGUGGUGAUUGCGUACUGGCUGGAAUACGCAUGCUCCUUCUACGGCGACGGCACCUCUUCCUUCAUCUGGCGCUUCCCCAUCGCGUUCCAAAUCCCAAUGCUCUUGAUUCUCAUGGCAGGCGUUAUGUUCUUCCCAGAGUCGCCGCGUUGGCUCAUCAAGAUGGGUCGUGAGGCUGAAGGGCGCUACGUCCUAGCGCGCCUCCGAGGCGACUCGGGUGAAGACAAGGAAAGAGCCGAGACUGAAUUCCAAGAAAUCGUAGCUUCCUGCGAGCUUGAACGCUCAAACUUCAGGAAGCAGAGCUACUUCCAUAUGCUGUUUGGUAUCGGCUCUGGCAAGCUACACACCGGUCGCCGCGUGCAGCUUGUCAUCUGGCUCCAGAUCAUGCAGGAAUGGAUUGGUAUCGCUGGUGUCACCAUCUAUGCGCCGACCAUCUUUGGCAUCGCAGGCAUGAGCCCGUCCAAGCGCCAAUGGAUCUCCGGUCUCAACAACAUCUUCUACAUGUUUGCAACACUCAUCUGCGUCUUCACUCUUGACCGUAUCGGCCGUCGCUGGACUUGUUAUUGGGGUUCCGUUGGACAGGGCAUCGCAAUGGCUCUCGCAGGUGGAUUCUCGUAUCUCGGCCAGCAAGCCACCAAGGACGGCGACCUGAGCAAAGCAUCUUCAUACGGAAACGCAGCUGUGUCCAUGGUAUUCAUCUUUACGGCAGUCUUUGGCGCUACAUGGCUUACCGUCCCCUGGCUUUAUCCAGCAGAAAUCUUCCCGCUGGAGGUGCGCGCGAAGGGAAAUGCUUGGGGUGUCGUGGGUUGGUCCAUUGGUAACGGUUGGCUCACGCUCCUAUGCCCAAUCAUGUUCGAGGCCCUAGGUGAAAAGACGUUAUACAUAUUUGCUGCUUGCAACGCCAUUACCAUUCCCAUGGUAUGGGCGCUCUACCCGGAAACGAACCAGCGUACGCUCGAGGAGAUUGACUUGCUGUUCGCGUCUGACAGCAUCUGGAAUUGGGAGGCGGAGAAGAACUUUGCUGCCUUGAGGGAUGAGCUUACUUACCAUACGGCGGCGACUGCGAAAAAGGACGAUAUCGAACAACUUUCGCGUCGCGGGUCCAAGAGUAGUGCGGCUCGCGGUGCUAGCAUUCAUGUUGAUAAGCUAUAG